CGACGGAGGUUGCUGGAAGGGAGGUCGCUCCGCUUGGGGAAGAAGUCGCUUUGUAGUCGUGGUGUUUACCCCUUGGGGAGGCGUUCGCUUUAUUUGCUUUUGACUAGGCAAGUGUUUGCGCCUAAUGUUUUUUAAAAUUGCUGUACGUUUGUCAAGCAUCUUUGCUUGACGCUGCUAGCUAGGUUUGUCUUGUUAGCUCUUGUGACGAGUCUCUAGGGUAGCGGAUGAGCACGUGAGUGAUGCUCUUAUUGCUAACGCUACAUUUAAUGUCAUAUUCUCACUAUUAACUUAUUUGUUACUGCUGUUUUCUCUCAAAUAUGUAUCCAAAAUAUUUGAGUGAACUCACAUUUUCAUAGAACAUUGAGGUGAGGCGUUGCUAAUGGACUCAAUAGUGCAUUUGUCCACUGCUUCCCUCUUGACCAGGAAGUACUUAAUGUACAUGCUCAUUGGUUAAGAGUUACUAGUCUAAUCAUCUGCAUUGUGGAUGGAGUCAUUCAGUUGACUUAUGCCUUUUUGGUUUUAACAUACUGCAAAACUCAUCAUAUUUUUCAAGCACACCUGUAUCCUGUUGAAAAUGUACAUAUUUUAGGGGCCCCAGGCACGACCCUCCCAAAAUGAUCCCCCGCUCAGUAGCGCCACCUAGAAAAGGUGCCCCAAUUGACAAGAAAUGCAGCACACGUUUGAUAUGACCAGAUGCAAACCAUGCUGUAAAACGCACAGGUAGCCAGACAUUUUGGAUUUCAGGUGGGGAUUUGUGCCAAUUUCCAGAGGUUGUUUUUGAAUGAACUACUCCUAUGGAAGCUGCUGGAUCACCACCAAAAUUGAGCCUCUUUAUAUUCCCGUCUGCAUCCAGCUGCAGCCUCCAUAGUGACAUACAUUUUAUGGCUUAAUAGCUCUAAACAAUGUUUUACCAGUCAUCAUAGCCUGCUGGGAUAAAUCCCAGUUAGCUAUCGUGCAAGCUGAUUUCUUGCUCAGAAACUUGCAGACUUCAAACCACUGAAUGCACAUGUAAAUGGUCUUUCACUUGUAUAGUGCUUUUCCACCUCCAAGGCGCUUUGACACUGCUAGCACAUUUACCUACUGAUGACGCAGCAUCAGGAGCAACUUCAGUAUCUUGCCCAGGGGCACUUCGACACUAUCACGGGAGGACAGAGGAGGUGAUCGAACCUUCAGGACCUGUGUGAUCAAGUGCUGCCAUGUCGGCGAAAGCCAUCUCGGAGCAGACUGGAAAGGAGUUCUUGUCCAAGUACAUCUGCACCUCGGUGGCUGUACAAAACCGGUUCCGCUAUGUCAGUGUUACCGCUGAGACCAACUGGGCUCAUCUCAUGCAGGAGCAUCCAUGGCUGCUCACAGAAAAAUUGGUGGUGAAGCCAGACCAGCUGAUCAAGCGACGCGGUAAACUGGGACUGGUGGGAAUCGACUUGGACCUGCAGGGUGUUCAGGAGUGGCUCAAAAGCCGCCUCAUGAAGGAGACCACCGUGGGUAAGGCAAAGGGUGUGCUGAAGAACUUCCUCAUCGAGCCAUUUGUUGCGCACAAACAGGAGGAAGAGUUUUAUUUGUGCAUCUACGCCACACGUGAGGGUGACCACGUGCUCUUCCACCACGAGGGGGGCGUUGAAGUGGGCGAGGUGGAUGCCAAAGCCCAGCGGCUGAUGGUUGCCAUUGAUGACAAGCUCAGUGAGGAUCAAGUGACACAGCAGCUGCUCACACACGUUCCUGAUGACAGGAAAGAAAUCCUGGCCGGCUUUAUAGUGGGUCUGUUCAACCUCUAUGAGGACCUCUAUUUCACCUACCUGGAGAUCAACCCUUUAGUCGUUACCCAGGAUGCUGUUUACAUCCUGGACAUGGCAGCUAAGAUUGAUGCCACAGCUGAUUAUAUCUGCAAGGCCAAGUGGGGGAAUGUGGAGUUUCCACCACCUUUUGGUAGAGAGGCCUAUCCAGAGGAGGCCUAUAUAGCUGAUCUGGAUGCAAAGAGUGGAGCCAGUCUCAAGCUGACGCUACUAAACCCUCGUGGCAGGAUCUGGACAAUGGUGGCAGGGGGAGGUGCUUCUGUAGUAUACAGCGACACCAUCUGUGACUUGGGCGGUGUGGACGAGCUCGCAAACUAUGGCGAGUACUCUGGUGCACCCAGCGAGCAGCAGACCUAUGACUAUGCCAAAACUAUCCUGUCCCUCAUGACUCGUGAAAAACACCCAGAAGGCAAGGUGCUGAUCAUUGGAGGAAGUAUUGCCAACUUUACCAAUGUUGCAGCCACCUUCAAGGGCAUCGUUAGGGCCAUCAAAGACUACCAAGGUCCUCUGAAGGAGCAUGAGGUCACCAUCUUUGUUCGACGUGGUGGCCCCAACUACCAGGAGGGGCUCAGGGUGAUGGGGGAAGUGGGGAAGACCACUGGUAUUCCUAUCCAUGUGUUUGGAACAGAGACCCAUAUGACCGCCAUUGUUGGUAUGGCCCUGGGACACAAGCCCAUCCCCAACCAGCCGCCAGUAGAUGCACAUACUGCCAACUUCCUCCUGAAUUCAAGCAACAAUGUCAUGACUCCGGCUACCACAAGGACCGCCUCUUUCUCUGAAUCCAGGAUGUCCAAUGAUAUCACUCCUGCCAAAAGGUGUAAAGCAGGUCGUUCAGCAGACCCUCUUCAUUCACUACUGUGGCCUCUGAAGAAUGUGGUCACAGGUGAUUGGAAAGAAGUACAGGCCUCAUCAGGCUGCAGUGGAGCCAAAGCCACCACGCUCUUCAGCAAACACACCAAGGCAGUCAUCUGGGGAAUGCAGACGCGAGCUGUACAAGGAAUGCUGGACUUUGACUAUGUCUGCUCCCGAGAGGAACCCUCAGUAGCCGCCAUGGUUUACCCAUUCACUGGGGAUCACAAGCAGAAAUUUUACUGGGGCCACAAAGAGAUCCUGUUGCCGGUCUACAAGAACAUGGCCGAUGCCAUGAAGAAGCACCCCGGGGUGGACGUGCUGAUCAGCUUUGCGUCACUGCGCUCAGCCUUCGACAGCACCAUGGAGGUCAUGAAGUUCCCGCAGAUUCACACCAUCGCCAUAAUUGCUGAGGGCAUCCCUGAAGCUCAGACCAGGAAGAUGAUCAAGAAGGCGGACGAGAAAGGCGUCACUAUCAUUGGCCCAGCCACAGUUGGUGGCAUCAAGCCGGGUUGUUUCAAGAUAGGCAACACCGGUGGCAUGCUGGAUAACAUUCUCGCUUCCAAGCUUUAUCGUCCAGGCAGCGUUGCGUACGUGUCGCGUUCAGGGGGCAUGUCCAACGAGCUGAACAACAUCAUCUCUCGUACUACUGACGGCGUCUACGAGGGUGUGGCCAUCGGAGGAGACAGAUACCCGGGCUCCACAUUUAUGGACCACGUCCUUCGCUACCAGGACACUCCAGGGGUUAAGAUGAUCGUGGUGCUGGGAGAGAUUGGUGGCACAGAGGAGUACAAAAUCUGCCAAGGUAUCAAAGAGGGCACGAUCACCAAACCAGUGGUGUGCUGGUGUAUCGGAACCUGCGCUACCAUGUUUGCAUCAGAGGUCCAAUUCGGCCAUGCCGGAGCAUGUGCCAACCAAGCAACGGAGACUGCAGUGGCCAAGAACCAGGCCCUGAGGGAAGCCGGAGCUUAUGUACCUAAGAGCUUUGACGAGCUGGGUGAUGUCAUCAGGACUGUUUAUGAUGAACUGGUGGCCAGUGGGACCAUUGUUCCUGCCCAGGAGGUGCCGCCCCCAACUGUACCCAUGGAUUACUCUUGGGCCAGGGAAUUAGGCCUGAUCCGUAAACCAGCCUCCUUCAUGACCAGCAUCUGUGACGAGCGAGGCCAGGAGCUCAUCUACGCCGGCAUGCCCAUCACUGAGGUCUUCAAAGAGGAGAUGGGUUUAGGAGGAGUGUUGGGACUGCUCUGGUUCCAACGCAGGUUGCCACGCUAUGCCUGCCAGUUCGUUGAGAUGUGCCUGAUGGUGACUGCUGACCAUGGGCCUGCUGUCUCUGGGGCACACAACACCAUCGUCUGUGCACGAGCUGGGAAGGACCUCAUCUCUAGCCUCACGUCUGGCCUGCUCACUAUCGGAGACCGUUUUGGCGGGGCACUCGAUGCAGCCGCUAAGCAGUUUAGCAAGGCCUUUGAUAGCGGCAUGCUGCCUAUGGAGUUUGUCAACAAGAUGAAGAAGGAUGGCAAGCUCAUCAUGGGCAUUGGACACCGCGUCAAAUCAAUCAACAACCCGGACAUGCGGGUGCAGAUACUCAAGGACUUUGUGAAGCAGCAUUUUCCUUCUACUCAUCUGCUUGACUACGCCUUAGAUGUGGAGAAGAUCACCACCUCCAAGAAACCCAACCUUAUCCUCAAUGUAGAUGGUUUUAUUGGUGUUGCCUUCGUGGACCUACUUAGGACCUGUGGUGGCUUCACACGUGACGAAGCUGACGAAUUUGUAGAGAUUGGCGCUCUCAAUGGCAUCUUUGUCCUGGGCCGAAGUAUGGGCUUUAUCGGCCACUACCUGGACCAGAAGAGGCUCAAGCAGGGUUUGUACCGUCACCCCUGGGAUGACAUCUCCUACGUCCUUCCUGAACACAUGUCCAUUUAAGGACACACUUCCAGAGGAGGCCGUCACAUCUCGCCUGCAUAACAUGUACGAUCUGAAUAAAAACAACUGCUGCCUUGGGGGAGAAAGUCAUCCUAAAGGGCAGGAAGGGUAUAUCCUGAUUGACAGUUCUGAGUAGAAGAAUUACAUCUAGAUUUUAAUGGAUUACAAGGGGAACUAUAUUUUUAGAUUUAGUUUUUGACAAUAUAUAAACAAUGGUUGAAGAUGUAUGUUGAGGUCAGAGCACAAAACUUACUUAAAAAAAAAAAAACAGAAGUACUUUUUUGGACAGAAUUUGGAUUGCUUCUCUGUUUGGACCGCAUGGAAUCAAGUGUUAAAUAUUAAUGCCAAGCAAUACUUGUCUAGUUUGUACUAAACAUUAAUCCUUAUUUAUUGUCAUUUGCCUAUUUUAGGCCAUCAGAUGGUUUGCUUGUGUGUUUUGUGUGUACUGCACUUCAGUUUAAGAUCAUCCAAAUCUAGUUUCAAAAUGCCUUCAAGUUUCACUCCUGCUUCUGUUUAAAAAAAACUCUUGUGAAGAACCAAAGUCACUUUAUGAAUAUACCUUUGCUUAGCCAAGUCAGAAAUAGACAGAUUCUAAGCCUGGUUAAAAUAUCUACUAUAAACACAAUUCAUCUUUUUAAUGUGAUAACUUUUGUAAGAAGCAUCCCAUCCCCCUACUCACACACACAGUCAAAUGUGGAAGCAUGAUUAGGGCAAACGAGCCCAGUGAGCUUCAGUGAGAGAAUCUUUUGGAGAAGGAACUAUUGCACUGAAGGCGUCUCCGCUUUGAAGACUUUACUUAAGCUCGAGGUGUUAUUGUAAUUUCCCAAUUUGCAACCUGCAUUGUCAGACCUUUGUUUUGCUUGUAUUUAACUGGGAAAAUAUGCUUUUUGUAACAUGCUGUCAUAAUGGUACAAUAAAGACCUUAUUUAUUUAC